AUGCUGGCUGCGCUGCGGCGCCGCACCGGGCGGUGCCGCCAGCUCGCCCCCUUGCUCGGCCAGGCCGCCUUCGGCCUCUCCGCCUCCGCGCCCGGCGACCGCGAUCCCACCCCCGGCGUCGACUUCGGCUUCGCGCGCGUCGCCGAGGACGCCAAGGCGCGGCUGAUCGGCGACCUGUUCGGCCGCGUGGCACCGCGCUACGAUUUUAUGAAUGAUCUGAUGAGCGGCGGGCUGCACAGGCUGUGGAAAGAUCGGCUGGUGGCCCGCCUGGGGCCCUUUCCUGGCAUGCGGCACCUGGACGUCGCCGGGGGCACCGGGGACGUCGCGUUCAGGGUGCUGGACGCCAUCCGUGCAGCCGAGGCCAGGAGGGCGCGCAGCGUGGCGGUCAAGGGGUCCGUGGUGGUGUGCGAUCUGACGCCGGAGAUGCUGGAGGCGGGCAAGCGGCGGGCGGCGAACAGAAGGAUCGAUCAGGGGCUGGAAUGGGUGCAAGGCGACGCGGAGGCCCUGCCACUGGAGGACGACUCCGUGGAUGGGUACACGGUGGCGUUUGGGAUUCGGAAUGUGACGCACAUCGACCGGGCACUGAGCGAGGCUUUGCGUGUUUUGAAGCCAGGGGGCCAUUUCCUGUGCCUGGAGUUCUCGAAAGUGGAGGGGCGGGCACUGGCGCAGCUGUACGAUGCAUACUCGUUCAACGUGAUACCGAUGCUGGGGCGCUGGGUGGCAGGGGACGAGGGCAGCUACAGGUACCUGGUGGAGAGCAUCAGGAGGUUUCCGCCACAGGAUGAGUUUGCUGGGAUGAUCAAGGGGGCGGGGUUUGGUUGCGUGAGCUACGAGAACUUGAUGGCGGGUGUGGUGGCGAUCCACUCUGGAUUCAAGCUGUGA